GCAGAAGAGCUGAGAAGCAGUAUAAAAGGCGACGGACUGGCAGCCUCGUCCACCAUCAGGCCUCUUCUGCCGUCUAUCUCAAACAUCACCCUCAAGCAAAAUGCGUAAUACCGUGGCCGUAGCGAUGUUGAUGUUGGUGGUGAUGACCACCGUCCUCACCCAGGCGCAGGAACUCAAGUAUCCUGAGCGUGAGGUCGUGGCAGAGCUGGCAGCGCAGAUCCUGCGUGUGAUUCAGGGACCAUGGGGACCCAUGGCCGCAGGACCCCACAAGCGCAACUCUGAGCUCAUCAACUCCAUCCUGGGACUGCCCAAGGUGAUGAACGACGCCGGUAGGAGAUAAGCGACUUCCUCCUCUUCCCCCUUCCUCUGCUAACUCUAAGGACGAGACCAGCGGGUGUAUAUGUGUAGAGCCUUUCACCAUCUUACCCUAAGGGCGGACCAUCAAUAUCUAACUUUUGAGACAAUGUAACAGCACCAAGCGUGUGUCUUAUUACUCCAGCACCUCACUCCUGUAACACUUGUGCUUAUAUUAAAGACCAUAUAGAGUAGGAA